GGUCAUCCCGUGGGGUUACUUUUUAAAUUCCAAUAGAUCUAUAGUUGCCAACCCGCCUGCCAAACGUGGCAACUACUGGCAAAACCCCCCAAGGGGGAGGCUUAUCUUCAGCAGUGGACAGUUCCUGUACGUAUAGUCAGACUGCAUUUAAAUAAGUAUUUACACGCAUUUGGUUCAAGUUUCAAAGAAAAAAAAAUAACAAAAGUCGACAUAGAUUAUUUAUAGUGGACGUGUGUUACGCUAGAUUUAUACUUAAUAAUGUGUCUAUUAAUAUAAAAUUCUAUACCGCCAUCUUUGUCUAGACAGUAUAAUAAUUUAGAACCAGGCGUGGUCUGACCACGCCCACAAAUACGCCCAUCCGCCACUCUCCCUCCUUAUUCACCUCUUUCCUUUUGCUUUCGAAUUCAGUGCCAAAACGACUGUCGUGUUGUAAACGUGUCUAUGUUAUACCAUUUUGAAAUUAAAUAAAAAAGAAAAGAAAUUCAAAAUUGGAACAAUAAUAACUGGCCAGUUCGGAAUUCGAUUUUAAUCGUCCAUCGUAGUGACGCGCGGCGUUUUGUUGUAUUCGGUGUAAAAUAGUGAAGGGAUGCAAUGUUGUUUGUUUGUUUACAAACAUUGUCACGUGGUGUUGUUUAUGUUUGGAGGUCGUUGAACUUGUGCGUGGUUUAUGGAUCACAGUUACUAUAAUAGUGGACGUGUUUUUGGUUUAUUAAUUAGUGAACAUUAGUGGAUAUAGUUUUAAAAACCGGUAUUGUCUUGACAAAUUCAACAAAAACAAAUAUUAAACAAUUAUAAAACAGUAAAGUGUUAAUAAAUAUUAAAAGUUUAUAAAAUAAAAAUAAAAAAAAAAACAAUUAAACGGUAUUACGAUUAUAAAGUGGAAAAACUGAGAAAAAGAAACGUUUAAAAUAAAAUUAUUUACCUCCAAUAAUAUAGAAAUAUUAAAAGAAAACUUUGUUCAUUGAGGGAACGAAAAAUUUUGUAACUAUUUAAAACAGCUUCAUAUUUUUAUUCCCGAAUAUAUUAAAUUAUUAAAUUUUAUUAGGAGAUUGUAUAAAAACAUUCAAAUUGGAUGCAAAAAGGAAUACUGAGGCCCCCGGGGCCUCACCAACAAAUACAUUCCACAAUCCAUACACCAAAACCCCGAAAACAUUACUAGUACACCCGUUCAACAAAACAGACCAAAAACAACAAGAAAAACCGGACACAACAAAGAAAUAUUUAUUAGAAACACCGAAGGAUCUAAAAAGGAAAACACCGCUCUUGGAAUUGCCGCAAGAAUUUGCCAAGAAACCAAAAUUGUUUACUAAUAAUAGCAACAACAAGAACACAACAAUCACAACAAAAACCAAUGACAACACUGAAAUGAAAAGCGCGCCAAAACCGGCCGAAACGGAGGGGUGCUGUCAAAAUCGACCUGUCAAAGUGUGCCACCACUGUUGUUGUCAGCAAGAGCGCGAGGUGACAGUGGCCAGUGCUGACAAGUCGUGUAACUGUCAAAAUCAACCUGUCAAAGUGAUAUUUGCGCCAGCGAUGAUGCCCUCAAUAUUCGGAGCGGUGCCCGGCAUUCCGUAUAUUGUAAAGCAACCGCCUAAAAUCAACGAAAAGGUUACCAGUGCAGCUGUUCCAGUAGUGCUUCCCAGCUCCACGAGCACCACAGCGAAUCCUAAAGGGUGCGCGGCGGCGAGAUCAAAGCGCGACCACGCGACUACAAAGGGCGGCAAAGAUCAAAGCCGCUGGGAUCCGAGUAUUUUUGUAUCAAGCGCUGUAGCAGCUUUAUACUUGUGGCACAUACUCAUUAAGUCUAUAUUAUGUAAUAAAAUGACGCCCACGGAAUUGGAUUACGGCAGUCUUGGAGGGCUAGCGCCACAUUCGACCGACUUUCGGUCGCCGAUCAUCCGCGGCGGAAAAGCGAAUACAACAAAUUGCAUAUAG